AUGUGGUCCACCUACACUCACUUCACUAUUCGGGAGUGUGAAAAUGUGCAAAACCAGACAGGAGAAUGUGCCCAAGCUAACACGGAUACCGUCUUGGUUUUCAGCCUAAUCAUUACAUCCUAUGAUGCUAACAAGAAAGAACUCAGAGACAGCAGCUGCCAGGUGGAACUGCUGCCUGGUCUCUUCCUCUCAAAGGAACUGGCUUCAUUUUCCUACCUGGCUUUUCUCCUUCCAGAAGUUCGGACAGAAGCCAAAUCGCCCACAUUCAUCCUAAAUCAGGCUGUGGCUACCUUGCAGUGUCUUGGUUCUCGGAGCAAAGUGAAAGUCAACCUUGUAUAUUUGGAAAAAAGGCGAAAGGUCAAGCACACUCAGAAGAACCUGAGAGUCGUGCUGUUCCCCGCAAAACAGCACUGCCCCCCACCGAGCUGUCACCUAACCCUCACAUCCAAGGUUCAGAUUGGAUCCCUUGUGACAGGCAAAGCUUUUUUACCAGGGAUCUCCCAGUGUAAGGUCUACCCAGUGAUGGGGGCUUCAUCAGAGACUUUUCCCACCACUACCACCUUCGUAACUCCUGGGAAAAAAGGAGAGAAAACUACAAGGAUUGAUGAUUUUUCUAGUCCUCUGAAACAAGACACAGAUGAGGACCUAGAGAAGAGGCAGAAAUGGAGCAUCGUGGUCAAAUUUCUGAUCGCAGUCACCUUGUUGUUCAGGGGAAUUGCCAUUACCGUGUUCAUCAUUUUUGAAGUCCCAUGCCCUAGUCAAUGCCUAGGAGCCAGAGAGCUAUGCCAAAGCCAGAGGUUGUGGAGAAGGCAAAGAAAGGAAGGCCAGCAACCUGGUGUAGCUGAAUCCCAGACUGACUCUCAGCCCAAAAAGGAAAGUGUUGGACAAGAUGCUUCCAAAUCAUCAAGCCCCAAGAAAGCUGCAGAGAUCACUGUGGUCCAUGAGACAUACUUCUGAAAAGUUCUGCUCUGCCUCACACACUGAAUGAAAGAUACUACAUUGUCUUCUCCCUACUAUUAAUCAGUAUGGGCAGAUUCUUGCUAAUCUUACCCUCGUAUCUUCAGCAGGGACAUUAUGAUCAGACAGUAAUGCCAGGCCAAUGAGGGGGAAGCCUGGGCUCCAGAGUUACUCUCAUGCCUUUGCUACUGACUUAGCCACAAGCCUCUGAAAUUCACUUGGUAAUCCCACAAAAAAUGGAUAUUUUUUUCACCCCAUCAAAUGAAAACAAAAAGUCUUCCCUCUGAGCACUAUGAAUGGACCCACUACUCUCUUUGACAAAAGGUUUAAACACAGCCUCCAAGGAACUGAGCAAAGCAGCCCUUGGUGGGGCACAUUCACCAAGUCCUCGAUUGUCCUCUCUGCUGACCUCACGCGCACUGGCUCUCAGCCAGCUGAGGGUGGGGCUCCUGUUUUCCCAGGCUGGCAUUCAUAGGGCUUUAUGACUUAGCCUCUGCCACUACAUGCAGCCCUCCACACACUGGGAAAGGGAACGUGACCCUAAGCGUUCCAAAAGUCCUCCUCGUGACUCAUUCCCCAAAGCACUUAGGGACUGCGUACAAAUAGGAUCCAGACUGGGAAUUCCCUGGUGGUCUAGUAGUUAGGACUCGGCACUUUCACUGCUGUGGCCUGGGUUCAAUCCCUGGUCAGGGAACUGAGAUCCUGCAAGCUGUGCAGCACAGCCAAAAGACAAAA